AUGAUGCGGCGCGGCCAGCCUUACCUCGGUGCUUUCCUUCUCAAGGAGAAAUCCUCGUCAUCGUCAUCGGUAUCGGAAUCAGACUCCUCGGCUACAUCGACAUCGGAAACUUCAGACUCGGACGGCCCCUCGGACUUGGAAUCCAUACGCACCUCGCUGUCGAGGGAGGAGGAGGACAAGGAUGUGAUUGAGAGUUUGGACGAUGUGCACGAUGUUGGCGUGUUCUGCCAGGUUACGAGUGUGUUUGCUGCUGCUGCGCCGCCUAGUCCUGGUAAAGAUGGCCAGCCACCCAACCCGGACGCGGCCGGUAAACCCCAAGACGAAGCGCUGACAGCUGUACUGUACCCACACCGCCGCAUCAAGAUCACCGAGCUCGUACAGGCUGCUCCGGCGCCGGGCGCACCUUGGCCCCCGGCUGGUCACAAACCCGUCGUCCAUGUCGUCGAGGAAGCGUCCAAGGAGGUUCAGGAGGCUGUUGAGCAAUCGCACAAGGACUCAUCGCCGGCUGCUGCGACUGAAGAGCCCGCUUCUGAGGUGGAAUCGACGACGACGGCUAGUGCUGAGGAAGCGGCUGUGGCUGAAGGAGCGGAGGCGAUGCAGCAGGAUGUUCAGGAGAAGGCUCAGGAGGGUGAAGCUGGUGCUUCUGCUUCGUCGAGUGGUGAAGCCACGCCACCUCAAACCCCCACGUCCUUCCUCGCCAACUACCCCAUCUCCCUCGUCCGCAUCGUCAACCUCGCCACUGAACCUUAUGCGAAGGACAACCAGCACAUCCGGGCGUUCACGUCGGAGAUUGUCUCGGUGUUCAAGGAUAUUGCGCAGUUGAAUCCGUUGUUUAGGGAUCAGAUUACGAAUUUUAGUAUUAAUCAGGUCACCUCCGCCAACGUCUUUGAAGAACCCGACAAACUCGCUGACUUUGCAGCCGCCGUCUCCUCGGGUGAGCCCAUCGAGCUCCAAUCAGUCCUCGAAGCAACCUCGAUCGAGACCCGUCUCCGCCUCGCGCUCUCCGUCCUCAAAAAGGAGCUUAUCAACGCGCAGUUGCAGUCCAAGUUGAGCCGGGAGGUGGAUUCGAAGAUCGCUAAGAGGCAGCGGGAGUACUACCUGAUGGAACAACUGAAGAAUAUCAAGAAGGAGUUGGGGAUGGAGAGUGAUGGAAAAGACCGGCUACUCGAAAAGUUCCGUGAACGUGCUUCCAAGUUGAAGAUGCCGCCGCAAGUGAAAAAGGUUUUCGAAGAGGAGAUGACCAAGUUGUCGAUGUUGGAGAGUGCGUCGAGUGAGGCGAAUGUGACGAGGAAUUAUUUGGAUUGGAUUACGAGUUUGCCGUGGGGUGUGCAUACGCCGUUGCCGAGUGUUAGCUUGGUGGAGAGUAGGAGGAUUUUGGAUGUUGAUCAUUAUGGGCUUGAGCAGGUUAAGGAGAGGAUUUUGGAGUUUUUGGCGGUGGGCAAGUUGAGGGGUAUUUCGGCGGCCACGACUACCAACACCACCACCACCGAGGAGGGCGACAAGAAGGAAUCGACUUCGACGAGCGAUAAGACUUCGACUUCUUCAACCGACAAGGAAUCCACCUCCUCCUCGGAGGACGGUGAACCCGAACACACGGAAACCAAACCUGGUACCGGCGACGGCAAGAUUAUCUGUCUUGUUGGACCUCCUGGUGUGGGCAAGACCUCUGUUGGGCGUUCAGUGGCGCGGUGUGUGGGGAGGCGGUUUGGAAGGGUUAGUGUUGGUGGGUUGACGGAUGUUGCGGAGGUUAAGGGGCAUAGGCGGACGUAUGUUGGCGCUAACCACACCCUUCCUCCUCUUCCCUCCUUUUCCGCCUUCCGCAUCGUCGUUCGUUCGUUCGUCGUUCGUUCGUUCGUCGCUCGUUCGUUCGUUCGUUCGUUCGUCGCUCGCUCGCUCGUUCGUUCGCCGUCGUACAGAGCCCUCCCCGGCAAGAUCAUCCAAACGCUUAAACGACUCUCUACUGAGAAUCCGCUUAUUUUGAUUGAUGAGAUUGAUAAGAUUGGGAGGGGUGUUAAUGGGGAUCCUGCCAGUGCUUUGUUGGAGAUGUUGGAUCCGGAGCAGAAUGGGGCGUUUUUGGAUCAUUAUCUCGACCUCCCGGUGGACCUCUCAAAAGUCCUGUUCGUGUGUACUGCCAACACGCUUGAUACGAUCCCUGCGCCGCUCCUUGACAGGAUGGAGGUGUUGGAGGUUAGUGGGUAUGCUAAAGAGCAGUGCGGAUUGAAGGAUGUCGAUGUGGAGGUUACGCCUGAGGCUAUUGAUGUUCUUAUCAAGUGGUAUGCGAGGGAGAGUGGGGUUCGGAAUUUGAAGAAGUAUAUUGAGAAGAUCUACCGCAAGGCUGCGCUCAAGAUCGUCCAGAUGACUGAACCCUCCGAGUCUACCUCCGCCUCUACCUCUGCUUCCACCACCGCGCCCUCUUCUCCCUCGGUUGAGUCUACGACUUCAGCGAACGAGGACUCGCCGAACCCUUCGACCUCGGACGUGCUAACUUCGGAACUGACCUCGCACACGCCGACGACGACGAAGGAUAGUCAGCCGCUUAAAGUUCCGAAGGAUGUGCAUUUGAAGAUUACGCCGGAGAAUUUGAGGGAGUAUGUGGGACCGCCUGUGUAUCAGCGGGAUCGGAUGUUUGGGGGGAGUGAGAGGCGGAGUGGGGGGGCUAAGAAUGACAAGGGGGGUGUUAGGGAGGAGGUGAACAAAGAGGGGGAGAAGGAGAAGGGCGAGAAGGAGAAGGGAGAGAAAGAGAGGAAACGGAAUCGUCUCCCCCCACCUGGUGUUAGUACCGGUCUUGGGUAUCUUGGCAAUGGGAGUGGUGCGUUGAUGCCUAUUGAAGCUAUCUCGAUGCCGGGCAAAGGCAACCUCCAGCUGACGGGUAAACUUGGCGAGGUGAUCCGCGAGUCUGCGCAGAUUGCGCUUUCGUGGGUUAAGGCGCAUGCGUAUCGGUUGGGGUUGACGAAGGAUGAGGGGGAUGUUUUUGGGCAGGAUCGUGAUUUGCACGUGCACAUGCCUGAAGGUGCGGUUGGCAAGGAAGGGCCGAGUGCUGGUACCGCGCUCUUGGUCGCGUUUGUGAGUUUGUUCAAGGGUGUUAGGGUUGAUAGUGAUACCGCUUUGACGGGCGAGAUCUCACUUUCUGGACAAGUCUUACCUGUUGGUGGGCUCAAGGAAAAGAUUCUUGCUGCGCAUCGGGCGGAGAUUAAGAAGCUUCUUGUUCCUGAGGCUAAUCGUGCUGAUAUUGAGGAGAACGUCCCGCAGAGCGUGAAAGAGGGCAUCGACAUUGUGUAUGUUGAGAACGUUGAGGAAGUCCUUGAUGAGGUGUUUGGGAUUUCGCUUGGUGAGGAAGGAGAGGGGUUGGGACGGGAGCAGGUUAAUGAGGUGAAGGAGAGUGCGCCGCAUUUCUCCAUGUCCCACACAUCCCUAGCUUCUUUGAGGGAGGAACUCCAAGAGCGCUAUGGCCAUCUUCCCAAUGAAUUUCUGCCAUGGCGUACGGAUCCCACGGACACGCAAAGCACCAGAGAAUGGAUUACUGCGCUUUCCCAGCAUUUUCCCUCUCCCCAGCUUCCCCGCGGACUCAAACUACAGCGCGGCUACCACCUCCAGCCUCCCCGCUUCAACUUUGGGUGGGCCAUGGACCACCUCACGAUGCGCGACAUUGCAUAUCGGUGCGGGUUCCCCGCGUUCCUCGACUUCUCAGGCGACGAAGACGUCGUCGACGACGAUAGCCUACCGGAGCCGACUAUCGACUGGGACAGCGCGACCGGUCUCCUCCAAGACGUUGUCGCCUCCAAGUUCCCCGACAUCGCCAAAGACCUCGCAGCCCCCAUCCGCAUCGAAGCCGUCGAGGGCCGGAACGGCAUCUCGUUUGCGUCGUGCAUCGUCCUCGCGGAUAGUCUCAGGAGCGGGAACAGGAAACCGAAGCAGGAGCACAUCGAUACCCUGCGCGAGUUUUUCGGCAUCGGAGCGGAGGAAGAGGAGGGAAAGUUCCAGGUGUAUGGGGGACCGGAGCCGAUGUGGUGGCUCGACAGCAGGUACUGCACGUGGAGGUGGAAACGUUCUUGGGAGUAUGAAGUUGAGAAUGGGUUGCGCGACUGGAGGACUUUGGUCCCAGGUGGGGGUUGA